UGUACAGUAUUAUACGGCGAUCGAAGCUCAAUAUUUAUUGUGCGACGUGUAAUUUUUGAGCCCGCGAGAUUUCAUUCAUUCCCAAUCACCAUUCUGCUACGCGUAAUUCUGAAAAUGGCUGAUCAAGAAAUGAUGGAGAAAGGUGCCAGUGCACCCUUUUCUGUGGUUAUAAUAACGUUAUCUCUCGGAGCUGUAAUCCUCCUUUUAAUGAUCGUCUGUGGAGCAGGCAGGGGCAAACCAGAAGAAGAAGAAGAAACCGAGACAAACGACAAGAAAACCAAAGAGAAGAAAUCCAACCAAGCGAACAAAAAACAAACCAAGUCUGUGACCCAUGGCAACAAGAAGUCCUCUCAGAAGGCCUUCACCCAUCCUCUCUUGGCCUCCUCACUCAAGGAGCACAGCCACAAUGUACUGGAUCUGGAUUUCAGUAUCAAUGGAAAAUAUGUUGCGUCUUGCUCAGAAGAUCGGACUGUGCGUGUCUGGAGUGUGAAAGAAUUCAAAGAGAAAGAACACAAAUGUGUACGAGGGAAUGUGGAGUACGAUCAUGCGACAAACAUCAAAUUCAGCCCGGAUUGCAAGUCUUUCAUCACAAGCACCGCCAAUGGUAACUGCAUCCGGGUUUUCAAACUCGGUAAAAGAGAAGACAGCUCAGCGGUACAGGUCACUCCCGUUCUGGAUUUUCCUAAGAGUCGUGAUCAAGAUAUCUUGAGCAUUGGAGUAGGGUCUAAUGCAUCAGGUAGCUUCAUCAUGGUAGCUUACACAGAUACCACCAUACAGAUCUGGAAUACCAAAGGUGAAGUGCUGGCGUCUGUGGAUACCCAUCAUAUGAACAACAACUAUGCAGCUGUCUCUCCGUGUGGCCGAUUUGUUGCAUCAUGUGGCUUCACACCUGACGUCAAGGUCUGGGAGGUGGUGUUUUCCAAGGCGGGUGAGUUCGGUGAGGUCAGGAGGGCAAUGGAGUUGAAAGGUCACAAGGCAAGCGUCUACAGUUUUUCCUUUAACCUCGACUCGUCAAGGAUGGCCACAGUGUCUAAGGAUGGGACAUGGAAACUAUGGGAUACGGAUGUCGAGUAUGCCAAGCAGCAGGACCCGUACCUGCUACUGACCGGUCAGUACCCCCACUCCGGCCCCUGUCUCAUCGCUCUGUCCCCUGAUGCUUACAGCGUAGCCAUCGCACAGGGCACGGAGAUCUGGCUGUACAGCGCCAACGCCAAACAGGAGGAGGAACACUUCCAAGAUGUGCACUCACAGAGGAUAUGCAAGCUAGGCUUCGACCCCAGCGGGAAGUACCUGGUGUCAACCGGAGACCGCUUCAUCAGGAUCUUCCACAACAUCAUCGGCCUGAGGGCGCUUGUCAGCGAUCUAGAAGCAAAACUGAAGAAGACGUCAUCGGGAGCCAUGAAGGAGAGACUGAACUACCAGAUUAAGUCUACCAGUGAGGACAUUGAUGCCAUACUGAAUGUAUCACCAACCCCUACUCCGCCUGCAACGUGACACAGACAUACCAAAGGGGAAUCCCCCGUAGAUCAUAGUGAGGUCAUCAGGGAAUUCCCCUCCCAGCAGGUGCCUAGCUUCACUGGCUUUCAUUACAUUCUGUGAAAGUUAACUUCUAGUUUUAUUUGAGAUGUUGACUUUAGAUAUAUUUAGUUUUAGGGUCUUGGCCAAGUUAUAGUAUAGAGUUAGGGUAGUAUUAGGUAGUGUUAAUACAAUUUAUAGAUGAUCUGGGAAUCUGAAGGGUAGGGGGGUUAUGAGUUGUAAGUGAACAAAAACUGGUUGCUUACUUACAAGCAUAAGCAUGCUUUCUUACCAGUCAGGAAAAACAAACCAUCAAACCAAACAACAUGCAAAUCCCCCAAAGGACUUGGACAUGUUACAUGAUUUCAGACUUGUUCAAGUGUUUAAAGGUUUAAUUGUUAUUUGGCAUUUACAGGACCACAAGAGAGCAUCUAUGAGAGAUUGAUAUAUUCUCAUUAAGCUUUCAAAUUCGAUCAUGUUUGUUGCAAUGUUGUUUUCCAGGCUACAUUGGCCUAAAACCUUUAGCUUCUUGUAUUAAUGUGUUUUUGAAGAUUGCUUUUAUCUGCUUUGUUUAAAUUAAGAGCAGAAAAUUUGAAUUCAUGAUGUAUGGUUCAUGUUUAAAAUGCUUUCCAACAUGUUUGGUUCGUCUUGUAUUUAUUUCUAGAACAAGGCCACGUCAUAAUUAAUAUUAUGUUUCUCAUAAAUUGUAGUAAUAUGGUAAUAACAUUUAACCAAAUGAAUGACAGAUUCCAACUUCUUGGUUAGGUCAUGUUGAGAGUUAAAAGGGCAUAACUUGUAUAUUUUUAUACAGACUUAACAAGAUUCUGGCUAUCAACCAACAAUUUCUCUUUUUGGUUAGGAGUUGCAGUUGAGUUCUUAAAAGAACUCUGGCUUGUCUCUGAAUCUUCUGAAUGGAAAACCACUACUUCCACAUUGUCUGUCUGUAUGCUCAUUCACCAAACCCCUCUAAUUACAUCUUGUGGCUCUUGUUCUUUAGCAAUCAAAAGAGAGAAUAUUCAAAUGAAUUUUGACUUUCAAAGAAAGUAACCACAUGAUUGUAUAACUUUAAAUUGAUUCUUUUUAUGAGACCAUUUUACUAUCUAUUAUCCCAUUUUAAUAAAUAAAUUUGCAAUUGGAUAUCUUAAUUUUAUGAAUUAUUUACUUUUCAUUUUAAUUUAAUGACAGUGCUUGAGUUCUGUGUAUUUUAUUGUUGGCAUAUUUCAUUAUUUCUAUUUGAGGGUUACUGCUGUACCUCCCUACAUGCUGUUGUAAUAAUCAAAAGAUUUAAUGUUCAAUAUGUUUUGUUUCACAAGGUAA